AUGGAUUUCAAGAAAGAGUUCACCGAUAUCAAAAAAGCUUCGAAUUUGAUCAACAUCACUCUACAAUCCAAAGGGUUUCUCCAAGUUGCUGACGAUAAUUCAACCAGCGAUAAGCUCAAUGGCCAAAAACUAUUGUUUUGUUCAGUAGACUAUCAUUCAUUAAUGGAAUUCGAUAUUGCACCGUUGAUGUUUGAUAAUACUGACCAAGAUGAAACCUUGAUACGAGACAAAUUGAAGAAAACCAUGAUUUUAAAUGAGAAGUUGGUGAAUAACGACAAAAACGUCAUCAAUGUUUUAUACUCGUUACUCAAGAAUUUGGAAGACUCUAAAGAUCAGAAAUCCCAGUUUCUCGAAAAACUAAAGGACAAGGACUCGGAGAUCAAGAGUUUACAACUGGAAAAUCGACAUUUGACAAAACAGUUGGCCAAGCAGAAAAGUGUCAAUGUCGAAACUCUGGUGAGUUUUCAAGUACAAUCACAAUUAAUGCAAGCUAAUAAAUUGAGGAUCCAUGAGGAUCUGCUAGAAUUGAAGAAACUACAAAAUACCAUCAAAUCAUUAAAAUCACAUCAUCAAAUUGAACUUAGAAGAAAAGAUGUGGAAAUCAGUAAUUUAAAGGAUAAACUACUAGGGAAAGAUUUUUCAUAUUCGGCCAGUAGUAAUAACAGUAAAGACAACAAUUCUUGCUAUACAAUGUUAUCGCAGGGCACUCCAAACCUUGAUUUUGAUGACCCGAUUCAGGUCCCCGCGACUAACAAAUUCUCUCAGAGGCCAUUGGUAAAUGGGGUAUUUGAUAAAGAAAUGGAAAAAUUGAUGGUGGAUUCUUCGGAUUUGAUCACCAAUCUAACAUUAGCCAAUGGAGAGAACUUGGAAAUUAUCACAAAGACCAAAAAUUAUUUACAAGUUUUGGACAAUUAUUUGCGAUUAUUAAUUAGCAAUUUAAAGAAUAUGGCCAAUAACGAUGAAGAAGAAAAUGAAAUUUUGUCGAGAAACUUGAAUCUUACAAAACCAUCAUCUCCGAUAGUAUUUUUUGAAGAUAAGACUAAUGGUGAUUCUAGUAAUAUGACACACCAUGACAGUAACACUACCAUAGAAGUCACAAAUACUUUAAUAAAUUUAAGUACUAUUGGGGAGGUGCAAAACCAAUUGAUGAACAAUUUGACAAGGUUACACGGGACGGUUGAAUCAUUAAUUGAAUAUAAUACUGGAGAUACACUGGGGCCAAGUAAUUCCAAAAGUAAGGAAGAAGUGGAAUCCUUGAAAAUAAAGGUUAAGGAAUUGAAAUCAGAGUUGCUGAAGGUUAAACAGAAUUGGCAGAGUGCUAUUGAUACCAUGGAGGAUUGGAAGAAUUAUCGUAAUCAGCAGAAUAAUAAUAAUAGUAGUAGUAGUAUUAGCAGUAGUAAUAGUGUAGAAUAA